AUGUCGCCCUCUGUGGUGAACGAAACGCACACAAGCGACGCACCAACCUCCAAAGCAGCACCAGAUCGCUAUGUUUACGAGCCGUACAGCGAUAUCCCAGUUGAGGAGAACUUCGUGUCGCCCACAUUCGAUGAAUCCGUGAUCGGAUUCCCCGAGGAUAGGCGCCCUACCAGAUCAGGUAUUGUUGAAAUGCUGGCAGUCGUUCACCUCUUGGAGGCCGCAGGGAUCCCAUGCUGUGCCGUUGCAGAGUCAGCACUUAUAUAUUACGGCACUGGUCGAUUGAGAAAUGACUGGGUGAUCUGUGUACCAAAUGCAGACCUUGAUAAAGCUUCCGCUCUUAUUCGCUCCCAUGACACAGCUUAUUCUCCCUUUCGCCCCUCGGCUAUGAAGGCAUUGAGAGGCAUGCAUCACCUUUAUCCGCGGUUUAAAUUCAUUGGUGUCGCCUUGUUCUUCGUUUUGACCACGGCGCAAGAGUGUCACAUUCGCUGCUCCCCAGAAAACUUUGAGCGAAGCAAGACUGGCAUGCCUUACCCAAAAUUGUCCAUCUAUGCACAAAGCCUCCUGGACACAAAUAACCUCGUAGACCUGGAUGAUCUGGUUGACGGCAUGAAUCUUUCGGUCGAAUGGGGUCUGGAGAAUUUACAACUGGAUGGUUCGUUUGAUGCCGGAUGGGGCCGCUGGAAAAUUGAGACUCUUCGACAGGCAGGAGCCUCUGGGCUGGAAUUACCGCUCAAUCUCGAAUCACCUCGAUCUCGGCGUGAGACCUGGGAGCACACUGCAUCUGCCGAGCAGAAAAAGAAGCGUCAAGGUUGGAAGCUUCUUGUGAAUCGUUCCACAAGGUUCUGGCAUGAGGGGCAGAAGGAUCCAAGAUUACAGGAUAGAGACUUCUGUUGA